AUCCUAACUUUGUCCUGAGGGUAUUUUCUACUUUCUCGUUUCUGUGUGUAGUGGUUGUUCACGGAAAAGAAUUUAGGUCUUGUUUGCGAGGAAAAUUAUACAUCUAGAAACUGUACGAUCUCAUUUCUGAGGUGGAAAACUUCUAUUGGAGGUGUAACAUAUAAUGGAACGCAAUAUGUCUGCACUUACUUCAACUUCUUCGUGUCAAGGAGCUCAUGGAACAGCUGAAGUUAUUGAACCACUGUUGGCACCAUCUGAUGAUCCACCACCCUUCACAUUGACGGUUAUAGAGGAAGGAUUAGGUCCAGGAUUAGGAAAUGGAACUGGAUUAUCUAAAACAGAUGAUAUGGAACCACCAUCAUAUGAUGUGGCAAUCAAGUUGCCUACUUAUGAAGAGGCUCAACAAGAGAAAAUGAUUGCUGAACAACAGCAUCGUUAUCCUCAUUCUGUGGAUCCCCGUUUGCCUCCAACUGGACCUGGAAAUUACAGCUUCAUGUCAUCAUUUUCACAUCCUGUUGGGGAAUCCCAAUUUGAUUCCAAUACUGCUGAGCUUGCCCUAGGAACUGAUGUGUACUUCUUUGCAUCAUUUUUAAUUGCGUUUCUUUUCAACUGGAUCGGAUUUCUGUUAUUGAUGUGUGCUUGCCACACCGUUGCGGGGCGUUAUGGUGCACUUGCUGGCUUUGGACUCUCACUAGCCAAAUGGACUCUAAUCGUCAAACAUUCCACGGAUUUGGCUUCGAAUGACAACAACUGGUUGUGGUGGCUAAUCAUGGCUUUCGGUGUUCUCAUCUGCGUGCGUGCCGUAAUUCAAUAUUUGUGUAUCAAGAGAGAAUGGCAUCGCCUUUCACGUGCUGCCCAGGAACGUGUUGUUUUCUUUUACUAACAGAAGUGAGACAGCCGAAAUCUCAAAAACUUUCAAGAGGCCGAUUGAAAACCCUCGCGUUUCCAUCCGAUCAUCUGCUUUUCCUUAAUGCUGUAUGGCAACAACCUGGUUGAUAUUCUUUUCACACCAAUUCGCUAUUUUUCAUAGAUGGUUUCUAUCAGCAUCUGAAUUGUUUCGAUCACCAGCCCGACCCAUAUUAUAUAUAUAUAUAUAAAUAGUUUAGUCACUAGUAAGCGGGCCAGGCAGUUUCUAAUCUUGUUUUAAAUGAACGCGUUCAUCACCAGACGAUCGUGCUAGAGUUUGCAUGUGGAUAGAAUCCAAUGCUGCGUGGCUUCUGGGUAGUUCAAAACAUGGCGAAUCUUUCGCACUGUAUUGAAAUUGAUUGAAGCUAACAGCGUCUUAUUUGUGAUUUUAUUUUAUCUUUCAAUUUGUAGUCGGACUAUUGACCGAUCAAGUUAAGACUGGUCUGUUUGUUUUAUUGGUGUCGUAACAAUAUAUCGUUGUGGACUAA